AUGGCAGUAGCUUUACCGCAUUUUGCUGAAUUUGAUGUUCAUUCGGAUGGUGCAAUCGGCAUUCGUUGGAAGAAAUGGCUCACUCGAUUUAAAAACCUCCUGCUAGCAUUAGACGUAGACGACACUAAAAGACAAAGAGCUCUUUUACCGCACUAUGCUGGAGAAAGCGUGAACGAAAUUUUCGAAACAUUGCCCAACACAGACGCUGGAGAGGACGAAGACCCGUUCGAAAAAGCAGUGACGGCAUUAACAAACUAUUUUACCCCCAAGAAAAAUCGAGAAUACGAAGUAUACGUCUUUCGUAAGGCCAAGCAAGAAAAUGGCAAAAACAUUUUUGCAUUUCACACACGUCUGCGACAACUAGCGAUGAAUGGUGAGUUUGCUGACACCGACAGAGAAAUUAAAACCCAAAUUGUGGAAAACUGUCUAUCGCACAAACUUCGUAUGAAAGCGUUACAAAAUCCGGAACUUACCUUAACUCAGCUACUGGAUGCCGGUAAAGUCCCAAGCAGAAACCAUCAAAGAGAAACAAAACGUCAACAAACUGUCGAGGAAAUACACGCGAAGAGCUUUGAAACAAAAUCAAAAUGGCAGGCAUGUUGACAGAAAUUCUGAUGGCGCGAAAACAGCCGACCGGAAUUUCGUACUCAGCGAAAGUAGAAAUGCCGGAACUGUGGUAAAGGAUACCCACACCCGGGCGGAAAAACGUCGUGUCCUGCCUAUGGAAAAAGUUGUCGAAGCUGUGGAAAGCAAAACCACUAUGAAGCCGUGUGUAGAUCGAAGAAACUCAACAAGAAACGGGAUAUUAAAACUCAAAAGCCACGGCACAACGUUCAAAACUUUGUUGAUGAAAACUCCAGCUCUGAAGACUCAGACGAAGAUGGCUAUGCAUUUUCUGUGAACAGUACCGGUAAGGAACGAUCGCAACCAAUGUUCAACAUUGUCAUUCACAAAACUCCAAUGACAAUUAUGGCUGAUUCUGGUGCCAGCGUAAAUGUGUUAGAUGAAAAAGACUACCAAGCCCUAUCCAAGCGUCCCGAGCUUCAAACAACAAAGGUGAAGAUACAUCCCUACAAGUCCAACAAGUCAUUAAAAGUCUUGGGAAAUUUCAACAUGAAGUGCGUGGAAGACAAACUCUACGUAGUCCAGGGAUCCGGUGGUUCGCUUCUUAGCUGGAAGACAUCGCAAGAACUUGGACUCUUGAAAGCGGUGCACAACGUCAAUGAUGAUAGCUCCCCAACAACCGAGAAGCUGAUCAAGGAAUACGACGAACUAUUGCAUGGACUCGGAAAAUUGAAAGGGUACCAGAUUAAACUCCACAUUGACAAGAGUGUUCCGCCAGUCGCACAACCUCACCGCAGGGUUCCGUUUCACGUACGUCAGCAGUUAGAGGAACAACUCAAGCGAGACGAGGAACUCGGAGUUAUCGAGCGCAUCGAAGGCCCCACACCAUGGGUAUCGCCUAUCGUAGUGGCACCCAAACCAAAGUCUCCUGGAAAGGUUCGCGUAUGUGUAGACAUGCGUCAAACAAAUCAGGCCAUCAAAUGGGAACGCCAUGUAACGCCUACAAUCAAAGAGAUCAUUGGUGACUUGAACGGUGCCAAAGUUUUCAGCAAAUUAGAUUUAAACCAAGGAUAUAACCAACUCGAGUGAGCGCCGGAGUCACGGUAUAUCACCACUUUUGGCACACAUCUGGGACUAAUGCGAUAUAAUUUAUAUAUUUGGUAUUUCGAGCGCAGCCGAAAUUUUUCAGAAUGUAAUUCGUGAAACUCUCGAAGGCAUCCCCGGAGCUCUCAACAUUAGCGACGACAUUCUGGUGCUUGGAAAGACGCAGAGCGCCCACGAUCAAAGUCUGGAAGCGGUCUUCCAGAGGCUCAAAGAGCGCGGUCUAACAUUGAACAAGCACAAGUGCGAGUAUGGCAAAGACAAGCUCGAGUUCCAUGGUUAUGUCUUCUCGGGAGAUGGUACUGCACCAGACCCUAAGAAAAUUGACGACAUCGUCAACCUACAGACACCAACAUCUGCAUCCGAAGUCCGAAGCCUAUUGGGAAUGACCAAUUAUUGUUCCAGAUUUAUCCCGGACUAUGCAGCCAAGACCGAACCAUUACGCAAGCUGACCCGCCAGGAUCAACCUUGGGAGUGGACAUCGCAGCACGACAGCGCGGUUGACCAACUGAAAGAAGCCUUGGUGAAUGCACCGGUUACGGCGUACUUUGAUCCAACCAAAGAUACUGAAAUCUCGGUCGACGCCAGUCCUGCUGGGUUAGCUGCCAUUCUCUCGCAAGUGGACAGAAAGACCGGUACCCACCACAUCGUCACCUAUGCCAGUCGUCCCUUGUCUGAGACAGAGCAGCGUUACAGCCAGACAGAACGCGAGGCCCUUGCCGUCGUCUGGGCCUGCGAACAUCUUCAUCUGUACAUAUACGGAAAGCCUGUGACAAUCUAUACCGAUCACAAGCCUCUAGUGUCCAUCUAUGGCAACCCAAGUUCUAAACCUCCUGCAAGAGUGGAGAGAUGGGCUCUCCGACUUCAGCCUUACCAACUGACAAUCCGUUACCGAAAAGGAGAAGAAACCCCGCAGAUUACUUGUCACGCCACCCUUCCAAACAACCAACCACAGCUAGCCGAGAACAGAAGAUCGCAGAAGAGUACGUUAAUUACAUCACCGUGACCUCAACCCCAAAAGCACUAACGGUCCAGGAAAUUGAAGAAGCUACCAAAGCUGAUGCGACCUUGCAAGCAGUAUCCAAGGCAAUCGAGACAGGUAAUUGGCAAGAAGGACCUAAGCAAUCGGAUGUGGACAGCGUAGCUUAUACCGCGUGGCAGAAGGUAAAAGAGGAGUUGUCAGUAGGUGUGACAGCCCAGAUAAUUCUUCGAGGAACAAGAAUAGCUGUUCCCAGAAAACUACAAGAGCGUGUAGUAAACUUAGCACAUAAAGGACACCAAGGAGUUGUGAAGACAAAGUCACUUCUGCGUGAAAGGUAUGGUUCCCUAGCAUCGACAAGUUGGUAGAAAAGAAAGUCGAGUCUUGUUGUGCGUGUUUGAUCUCAACUCCAGAGUCUAAACGUGAACCUCUCAAAAUGUCUCCACUACCGAAAGCUCCAUGGUCAGAAGUUAGCAUGGAUUUCGCGGAGCUUCCAAACAGCGAGUAUCUCCUGAUAAUUACAGAUGACUAUUCAAGAUAUCCGGUUGUCGAAACGGUCAAGUCUACUUCUGCCAACACGGUGAUUCCGAGGGUAGGCAAAAUGUUCUCUGAAUUUGGAAUACCUGACGUAGUAAAGACAGACAACGGACCCCCUUUUAACAGCCGUGAAUUUCAGUCGUUUGCGCAGACUCUCGGUUUCAAGCAUCCAAAGAUCACUCCUCGAUGGCCAAGAGCAAAUGGUGAAGUCGAGCGAUUCGUGAGAACGAUAAAGAAGGUGGUCAAGACGGCGACAGUAGAGCACAAGAACUGAAAACAGGAGAUGCAUCGUUUCCUCAGAAACUUCAGAGCAACUCCUCACACAACGACAAAAGUUCCCCCAGCAACCGCAUUGUUUGGUCGGGCACUAAAAACAAAGUUAUCUGAGUUAAAAAAGACUUUGCAAGACCCAGCAGUUGAGGGAAAUGAUCGCAAGGCGAAGUCGAGGAUGAAGAGAUAUGCUGAUUCCAAAACCUAUGUUCAACCCUCAACAAUCCAGGAAGGCGAUACAGUGUUCGUCAAGCGUGACGAUUCGAAGAGAAAGAGAGAUACACCCUACCGACCUGAUUCAUAUGUCGUUGUACAGAAGAAAGGAUCCAUGGUGACAGCAAGAAAUAACAACGCAACGAUCACCAGAAAUUCUUCGU